AUGGCUCAAGGUACACCACGAACCCCUCCAGCACAGAUGAUGGGCGGACCGCCACCGAUUAAUACUGCAGCUACCGGCGGCUACCCUCCACAACAGGGAGUUAUGGGAGGACCUCCUCCUCCAGCUGGGCCACCACAGUAUAAUCAUCCUCCUCAAUAUGCUGGAGGGGCACCGAUACAAGGCGGUGCGGGUCCGCAGUAUGGAGGCAGGACUAAUCCGGUGGAAGUUGAAGGCGCUGGCAAAAGCAAGGCGCAACUCAUCGUGGGAAUAGAUUUUGGUACAACUUUCUCUGGUGUAGCCUUUGCUUUUGCGACCAACACCGAGGCGAAAGAGGACAUCAUUACCGAAUGGCCUGGAGCAGGUUCAUAUACAAAACAAAAGAUUCCCACCGUCCUUUAUUACGAUCAAUACCAAAAGGUUGUUGGAUGGGGUCCCGAUAUCGCAGAUGCCUUGGCACCGACUGGGUAUCCAAAACCAGGUGUUCAAAAGGUAGAAUGGUUCAAACUUCAAUUGAUGCUUUCCGGAAACACAUAUAUCGAUCCUAUCAACCUUCCUCCCCUUCCACCAGGAAAGUCAGAGAUCGAUGUUGCAGCGGAUUACCUAUUCAAACUCAGACAAGCUAUGCGAAACCAAUUACAAAAGACUUUGGGAGAGGUUUUCAAUCGAGAAGAAAGAAAUAUCCGAUACUACCUGACAGUUCCUGCUAUUUGGAAUGAUGCUGGGAAGGCUGCGACCAGAGCGGCCGCCAUCCAGGCUGGAUUCUUGAGGGACGAGAACGACAAUCGAUUGACUUUGGUUACGGAACCCGAAGCUGCUGCACUAUUUUGCUCAAAGGCCGGUCUAUUGAACCUCAAGAUUCAUGAUGCUGUACUCAUUGUCGAUUGCGGCGGUGGAACUGUCGAUUUAAUUGCAUAUGAGGUCGAAGAAGAGUCCCCAUUCACAGUAUCCGAGUGUACAGCAGGUUCUGGUGAUUCCUGUGGGUCUACGGCAUUGAAUCGAAACUUUAGCAAUAUUUUACGAAACAAGAUCCGAAAGAUGAAAUUACCAGAGGGUUCAAAGACAGCCGGGAGAGUUUACGCAAAAUGUAUCAUGGACUUCGAGAACAGAAUCAAGGCGGAUUUCAGAAAUAACAAUCAGAAAUGGGCGGUCGAUGUCGGCAUUGAAGCAGAGUUCCCCGAAGCAGGAAUUGAAGAAGGAUAUAUGACAUUCACUAAUGAAGAAAUUCUACAAUGUUUCGAGCCAGUUGUCAACCGAAUUUUGGAAUUGGUUAGGAACCAAAUCAUAGCCAUCCAGGCACAAAACCGAACACUUCAGAACGUCUUGGUUGUUGGAGGUUUUGGUGCAUCGGAAUAUCUUUUCCAACAAAUCAAACUUCACGUACCACCUCAGUUCCAGGCCAAGGUUGUUCGUCCUAUGGAUUCCGUGGCUGCUAUUGUUAAGGGUGCUGUUACUGCUGGUAUCACUGAAAGAGUCGUUACAUCCCGUGUAGCUCGUCGUCACUACCUCAUGGCAACUCUUCAACCUUUUAAAGAGGGACACCAUCCAGAAGCCUACCGUGUUCCAUCCUUAGAUGGUAAGGAUCGAUGCAAGUUUACUCGACAAAUAUUUGUACAGAAAGGACAAAGAGUUAAGAUCGGUGAGCCAGUCAAAGUGUCAUUCUUCAGACAAGUGGCACCCGGAGCCACUUUGAUGUAUGAGGAUAUUUUGGUCAAGGGAAGUCGUACUCUCACAUCUGAUCUUUCUCGCAAGAAUCUUGAAAAGGAUUUUGAAAGAAUGGAUACCCCUCAAGGCACCUUCUACCGAGUGUACUUUGAUAUCUACCUCACACUUGAUGGAUCCGAAUUCAAUGCCGAACUCGUUUGCCAGGGAGAAGUCAUGGGUCGUUGCACAUCCAGAUUCAGAUAA